AUGUUACCUCGCGCUGAUGAUGUCCAUCAUAUGACGGACAAAAGCUUAGCCUCUUUUCACCGGAAUCAAAGAAGAUUGCCUCGGAAACAGCGUCGGCAUGAAUCUUCCAGUAAAGCCCAUCGACAGCUGGUCAAGAGGAAUCCGCCGUCGUUUUCUGGUGGAACCGACCGUCGAAUCUCUUCACCCAACACUUUCACUCGAAAUGGAAGUUUCCCUGCCCCCCUCCACUGUGCCUCGGGUGUUGCUUCGACUCGGUUCUUUCAGUCAGCAAUCCUCUUCCUCUUGGCACUUUCAGAGUCCCCCUCUUGCCCCGCAGGAUCCUUCUCUUAUCUGCCUGGUUCCGUGAUUUCACUCGAUCGCUGCCGCCAUAUUCCUGCCACUCGAGGCGUUAUGUUCUACACUCUGCCCAAAGCCUUCAUAGCACGUAUAUCCCAGCCUCACUAA